AUGAAUAGAUUUGAUCAAUCUAAGCACGAUAAAGAGGACGACAACAAUGCCAGGGGAAAUUGUACCAAACAGAGUAAAAUACUGGAAUUGGACUUGGACUAUUUGGAGAGAGGCGGAGGGGGCACCAUGGCAGUGGGGGGCGCGCCCAGUGUGGAACCGAGCCCGGAUAGCCUCGAUCUCAUCAAAGUCGUGCUGCUGGGGGCGCCCGCGGUCGGGAAAACUAGUAUUAUCCAGCAAUUCGUCUGGAGUGAUUUCUCAGAAGAAUAUAUCCCAACCGACCGAAAACACACCUUCUACCCAUCGGUGAUCAUCAACGAACAUUUAUACGAAGUCAAGAUCACAGACGUUCCUGUCAUACCGUAUUUUCCCAUCAAUUCUUACUAUGAAUGGGCUCAUUACCGUUUUUACGGACUCCGAAACGCUACAGCGUACAUCUUAGUGUUCGAUCUUUCAAACGUUGAAACAUUUCAGUAUAUACGAACGCUUCGAGACCAAAUGAUAGAAAGCAGAGAUAUGAGAAAUGUUCCAGUACUCGUAGUUGGUAAUAAACAGGAUCUAUUAUGUAGUACAACACCAACUGCGGCUACUGGAUUGCAGCAAUUGGCAAUAGCUGAAAGUGCGUUCGGAGAUUCUAGAGAAAAAAGACGGAACAUAGUGAAUCUUGUACGUAAACAUUGGAAGUGUGGUUAUGUUGAAUGUUCAGCGAAAUACAAUUGGAGAGUUAUAGCAGUGUUUAAGGAACUAAUGGAGAUGAUAGAUGCUGUAGAAUGGAGUGGUGGUGGUAGAAAUGCAGAGCCUCCUCCAGAUUCCAAUAACGCAGGUGGUACAUCCCAUGAUAAUCGUUGUGUGGUUGUCUAGCGAUACUUGACGGUUCUGAAGGCUGCUUUGUUGGAACUUAGAAUGGUUUAUCAAAAAGUUUAUAAUAUUGUAAAAGGUUUAUGGGUAAUGUUUACGUUUAGGCAAAAC